CGAAUUGAUAAUAUUUUUAAUUAUGAUUCUUGUUUUUUCUAUAUUAAUAGUAAAAAUCGAUUAUUAAAAUCAUUUAAUAUUUAUGGUGAUAUAACAUCAAUUUUAUAUCGAUAUUGUAAACCAACAAAUGCAUGUCUUUUAAAUGAUAAACGUUUAGUUAUAUUAUAUCAAGAACCAUAUUGUAUAACUAUACACGAUUUAGUUAAAUAAAUUUUCUUAUUUUUGUUUUUAGCUAUUUUUUGUUUUUGUUUUGUUUAUUGUCAUUUUAAAAAAAAGAAUUUUAGCAAAAUGUAUUCUAUAGAUCUAUUAAUUUAUUUUUCUAUUUUUAUUCGUUAGUUUUUUCUGAAUCGUGAUGUUAAGCAUUUGUUUAUGUUUAAAAAAUAAACAUAUUGAUAUUUUUUAUUUUAGUGGAAAUUAAACGAUAAAUUUGAACGUACAAGUAUUUCAUUUGGUGUUAUUUUUUCGGAUAAUUAUGAUUUGACAGUGUUGAAAGGUCCAGAACAUGGAAGUGAACAGGCAAAUGAAUUUCGACAAUUUUGGGGUGAACGAUGUGAAUUAAGACGUUUUCCUGAUGGUUCAAUAUUAGAGUCAGUUGUAUGGAAUGCUGAUCGUACGAAUGAAAAACGUUUAGUAUGGAUGGAUGCUACGCGAUAUCUAUUACAAAUGCAUGCUGGUAUCUCUAUUCAACACGUAACAUUUUCUGAUACAAAUCUUAUGCAAAUAUUAACAUUACCAUUUCGUCUCUUCUCCUCGUAUGGUAGUGGUGAUGAACAACAACUAUUAAUAUGUAGUCAAUUAAUUGAAUUAUCAAAACAAUUACGUUCAUUAAAUGAAUUACCAUUAAAAAUUAUGAGCAUCAGUGGUACAUCUGAAUCAGUUCGUUAUACUGAUGUAUUUCCACCAUUACCAGCCAAUUUUUUGACUAAUUUAAAAAAAUUACGUUCAGUACAACGUCAUGGUAAAUUUUAUACACCACGAAUGGAUUCACGCUAUUCACCACCUUAUACAAAAUCAAUUGAUGUUCUAUGUCAAUUAGAAAUGAGUCAAAAAUGGUUUGAUGAUAUUGAUUAUAUUAAACAUUCAAAAACAUUAUAUUAUAUUCAAUUAGCUACAUUAUUAGAACAAAAAUAUCAUUAUACAUGUGUGCCAACAAAAACAUGUUGCUAUGUUCUUAAACAAUAUUAUGUUUAUCGAUUAACUAUUGGUUAUAAUAAAGAAAUUUAUUUACAUGAGACAUUAAAUAACAAAAAUGAUCUUAUUAGAAGUAUAAAACAAACAACGGAAUCAAAACAUUUAAGAUAUGAAACAGAAUAUAUGCCAAAAUUAAGUGCAGCUAUAUACGGUGUUAGUCAACAAUAUGUGCAUUAUCAAUCUGUUGUACGUAUUUUUAAACGGUGGUUAUCAUCACAAUUAUUACUCGAUCAUUUUGAUUCGAUUAAUGCUGAUCUUAUUUGUGCACAUAUAUUUUUACAUUCAGCACCAUAUCAACCGGCAAAAUCGAUAUUAAGUGGUUUUAUUCGAAUUUUACGAUUGCUUGUGAAUUAUGAUUGGCUUAAUGAACCAUUGAUAGUUAAUUUCAAUCAUGAAUUAUCAAAAGAACAAAUAAUACAAAUGCAAACAACAUUCAAAGAAAAUCGAAAAAAUUUACCACCUUUGUGUGUGAUGACAUUGUUUAAUGAUAAAUUAAAAUUAGAAGAUGAUGAAUACAAAAAACCAACUGUACCUAUUUUAAAACGUAUUAUACAAUUGGCAAAUGAAGCACUACUUCAUAUAGAAACAAAAAUCAAUAUUGAGUCUAAUAUUGAUAGUGAUUCUCUUAAAUUGUUAUUUCGUCCAAGUUUAAAAUGUUACGAUGUUAUUAUCGAAUUAAAUCCUCUCCAAUGUCCUCGAGCCUAUCAAGGUAUCGAUCAAUUAAAAGAUUUAUUUUAUAUUGGAAGAAAACAAAUAGCAAAUGAAGAAGAAGAUGAUGAUGAAUCUGUCAAUUCAUUACCAGUUGUAGAUUUUGAUCCUGCACGUCUUUAUAUCAAUGAAUUAAGAUCAUCGUACAAUGAUGUUGCUGAAUUUUUUCAUGAUGAAUUUGGUGGUUUAGUAAUUUGUGUUUUCUUAAAACCGAGCGUAUUUGAAAAUAAUGUACGAUCAAAAGAUAAAAAUUUAUCAAAACAAAAUGGUGUAAUCGAUAUUAACGAAAUGAUUAAGUCUUGGCAAUUGCUUGGUAAUGGUAUUAUUAAAUCUAUUAGAACGUUUGCUGAACGAUGGCCAACAGAUUAA